ACAGAACAGUGGAUUUUUUCCACUCGUGAAUUUGUUUGCGGAUCUUGUGUUGUGUUGCGAAAAUUAUUUCUUAUCGAAUUACAUCAGCAAUAAUCACAUAAAGGAAUCCCUGUGUCAUUCGGUCACUAGUCCAUUUUGUUUCUGUAUCGGUUUCAUUGCGCAUUUAUUAAGAGAAUAUUUUUCGCGAUGACUGAAAUCGAUGAAUACUUCGACGUAGCUUUGGAAUUGGUCAAAAACGCGGGAAACCUUAUAAAAGACCAUGUCUUCGGAUGCAAUGUGUACGAGGUGAAGUCUUGUGAGAUCGAUCUAGUGACUGAAAUAGACCAGAAGGUCGAACAAACACUUAUUGGGGGAUUAUCGAAAAGGUUUCCUUCACACAAGUUUAUCGGAGAAGAAUCGGUAGCAGGCGGCGCCAAGUGUGAACUGACGGAUGAUCCAACAUGGGUGAUAGACCCCGUCGACGGAACUAUGAAUUUCGUGCACGGUUUUCCACAUAAUUGUAUUUCUGUCGGCUUGGUCAUCAAUAAAGUUUCAGUUGCUGGUAUAGUCUACAACCCGAUUUUAGAACAACUUUUCACUGCCAAAAAAGGCCAAGGAGCCUUUUUGAAUGGCAAGCAAAUUCAUGUAUCACAAACCAAAGAGCUGAAAAAGGCAUUGAUAGCUUUUGAAGCUGGUACAAGCAGAGAUGAGGAGAAAAUGAAAGUUGUUUUAGAGAAUUUUAAGAGGGUGAUAAGUUCUGGCCAUGGAAUGAGAGCUCUUGGAUCAGCUGCUUUAAAUAUGGCUAUGGUAGCACUAGGUGGGGCUGAUGCUAAUUUUGAAUUUGGAAUUCAUGCAUGGGAUAUUGCUGCGGGCGACAUUCUAGUGAGAGAAGCUGGGGGUGUAUGUAUAGAUCCUGCUGGAGGGCCUUUCGAUAUUCUGUCUCGGAGGGUGCUAUGUGCUAGUACCAUGGAGUUGGCACAAGAACUGGCUAAAACAAUAGCUCAAUAUUACCCUGAGAGAGAUUAAAUACCUACUUAGGUACUUAAAAUUCUUAUACCUGUUUAUUGAUCAUUGUACUUAAUAUUUGACUUUUUCUAUGAAAGCAUUUUUGUUUCAUGGUAUUUUUUAUGUGUUCAUGAUGUUACAAAAUAAUUAUUACUAUUAUUAUACUACCUAAAAAUGUUUGUAUUUGUAUACUUAAAAUCAACAAUCAUCAACUCACUAAUUAAUGAUGGCAAGGUACCUUAAUUUUCAGUUUUAGACCAACUUUUCACUGCCAAAAAAGGCCAAUGAGGCUUUUUGAAUGGCAAACAAAUCCAUGUAUCACAAACCAAAGAGCUGAAAAAGGCAUUGAUAGCUUUUGAAGCUGGUACAAGCAGAGAUGAGGAGAAAAUUAAAGUUGUUUUAGAGAAUUUUAAGAGGGUGAUAAGUUCUGGUCAUGGAAUGAGAGCUCUUGGACCAGUUGCUUCAAAAAAACUAAGGUAGCACUGAUGCUAAAUGUCCUACCUAUAUAGGUCACCUUCAAGUUUAGUUGUGUAAGUAGUACUACGUUAGAUGUGUGAUAUGUAUUCAAUUACAUGUGAUUUGACUAUUAAAGUUGUAAUAUUUAUUACUUGUAACUAUGUUAUGUUUCAACAUAUGGGACAGCAUUUAUAAAACCAAAGUGUUAUUAAAUUUGUUAUUUUUACACAAUAAUUACCUGAUUUAAUUGUACAAUUAAUAAGUGUUACCACAUUUACAAGUUAUGUAUAUACAUGGAAAUAAAAGAUAUGUUAUAUUUUAUUUUA